AUAUGUUAUAAAUCUAUAAAUAGGGGGUAACCUAUGACGAACAACAUCUCCCCUUUCCCUUAUUCGAUCUUAUCCUUAUCUUCUUCCUUGUUCUAUUUCGCUUCUAAUAUAUCUUUCUAUCUGAUAAACAUUACAUCUUCUUGUUUAACUUCUUGAGAUCUUGUCUGGUUCUAGAGUUGUUAUUAAUUAACCAACGACCAAAGAUAAACGUCAAUGGACGGAGUUAUGAAAUGAGAAAUCUAAACCAGUUCUCUCGCUUCCUUGUUUAUCAUUCUGUAUCCGUUGUGAUUCUCCAUUGGUUUUACGUCAUUUCUUGAACAAAUUUAUUUUAUCUUUUUUCAAUUUUUUAAAGAACAUGGCAAACGUAGAGAAGACAAGUUCAGGUUCUGACAUAGAUGAGAAGAAGAGGAAACGCAAGUUGUCAAACCGCGAAUCAGCUAGAAGGUCGCGGUUGAAGAAACAGAAGAUAAUGCAAGACACCAUCAACGAGAUCUCGGCUCUUGAGAGACGAAUCAAAGAGAACAGCGAGAGAUGCAAAGUGGCUAGAAGGAGGCUUGACUCGUUGGAGUCUGAAAACGCGGUUUUGAAGUCGGAGAAGACGUGGCUUUCAAGAUACGUCGAGGAUUUAGAGAGUAUGAUCGCCUUGAGUCCCACGACUACCUUAACGCUGACGCAGAGUGGCGGCGAUGAUGAGAACGUAAACGCGGAAAUAGCGGCUGGAGAUUGUAGAGGUGGACCAUGGCAUGAGUAUGGUUGUGGUGGUUCUCUGCAAGCACUUGCGUCCUUUAAAACAUGAGCACUUUGUCUUUUUACGUUUGUAUCUUUGGACCAUUUUAUAUGAUGGGAGCUAUUACUUGUUGUCAUGCGUUCGGUAACUACAAAUGAUACUAGAGAUAACUUCUUAUUCAAAUAAUGUUCUCAGUGAAAUGCUGGAUUAGGUCAAAUAAAUAUACUUGUGUUCUGUAGUUGUGUGUUACGUUCUACUACUCUUCUGCAUUAUCAGCGCUCUGUUUACAUUUCUGAGAUGAGAUCGAUGCUUGGGGAGAUAAGAAGUGUGUUCAAGAUCCUCAACAUUCUUGUUCUGAUUAAAAAAAAUAGUUAUGCUAAUAUAUACUAAUCCUACCUAAAAGAGACUGAAUCAGACGUUGCUGAGUCUUGAAGACAAGAAUGUAGCAGAUCUCUACCACCUACAGCAAGGUGAUUAGAAGUCGACAGUGUAACUACCAUCACAUGUUUAAAAGGACAAAACUACAUAUUAUGUAACUAAUAAACAAAUUUAGCCAUUAAUUU